AUGCUGCUGGCCAAGGUGCGGGCGUUCUCGGUGCAGUUGGAUGGCGCCGCGCCGGGCGCCGAGCCCGCGUUCCGCGGCGGCCAGGCCGUGGCGGGCCGCGUGCUGCUGGAGCUGGCCGGGCCGGCGCGCGUGGGCGCCCUGCGGCUGCGCGCACGGGGCCGCGCGCGCGUGCACUGGACCGAGUCGCGCAGCGCGGGCUCCGGCACCGCGUACACGCAGAGCUACAGUGAGCACGUGGAGGUCUUGAGCCACCGCUCCUCGCUGCUGGCGCCAGAUCCCGGGGAGACCACGACCCUGCCUGCCGGACGCCACGAAUUCCCGUUCAGCUUCCGGCUGCCCCUGACCCUGGUGACUUCGUUCGAGGGGAAACACGGGAGCAUCCGCUACCGCGUGGAGGCCACGCUGCGCCGGCCCUGGGCGCCCGCGCGCCGCGCCAGGAGGGCGUUCACCGUCCUGGAGCCCGUGGACAUCAACUCGCCGGGUCUGCUGGCGCCUCAAGCCGGAGCCCAGGAGACACUCGCGCGGUCCUGGUACCGGAACCGGGGCCUCGUCUGCCUCUCGGCCAAGAUCGAGCGCAAGGGCUACACACCAGGAGAGGUCAUCCCGGUCUUCGCCGAGGUCGACAACGGCUCCACGUGCGCCGUGCGGCCCCGCGCGGCCGUGGUGCAGACCCAGACGUUCACGGUGCGCGGUGCCCGGAAGCAGAAGCGCGUGGUGGUGGCCAGCGUGGCAGGCGAGCCUGUGGGCCCGGGGUGCCGGGCGCUGUGGCAGGGGCGGCCGCUGCCCAUCCCCCCAGUGGGGCCCUCGAUCCUGCGCUGCGAGCUGCUGCGGGUGGACUACGCCCUGAAGGUGUGCGUGGACAUCCCCGGCUCCCCCAAGCUGCUCCUGGAGCUGCCCCUGGUCAUCGGCACGGUCCCCCUGCACCCUCGCUCGUCCGGCGCGGGCAGCCAGGGCAGCUUCCUGCCCGAGUGGGGGCCGGGGGCCCUGCCCGAACCACCCGAAGCACCCCCAGAUUACUCCGAGGUCGUCGCCGACCAGCCGAGCCCCCUCCCGCCGCCGACGGGCCCAGACCCGAGCCUGGAGGGCCCCUUCCUCGCCUACAUCCGGGAGUUCCGAUACCGCCCGCCUCCGCUGUAUUCGGAGGAGGACCCCAACCCACCUGCGGAGGCCCGGGGGCCAAGCUGCUGAGCCACACAUGGACACACACGGGCCAUGGGAUCCAGGGAGCGGCCGGGCCUGACCACGGAACUUGGGGAGACUGAGUCUGGCAGGCCGGACACCGGCCUUGGCUGGCUGUCCUGAGACCCACUGCCCAGGGCCCAGCACGAGCCGCUGCUGGGUCCCGUCUGUGUGCAGCCGUGGGCAGGGCCAGGGAGGUGUGUGGGAGCCCAGGGAGGGGUGUGGGAGCCCACGGCGGGAUGGAGCCCCAGGAGUCAGACCAGGAGGAGGGACCCGGGGCUGGGAGCCCCAGAUGGGACACAGAGAAGGCUUCCUGGGAGAAGGGGCAUCUUAGCCAAGGCUUUGAUGCGUGAGUAGGAGUUCAGCAGGCAGCCGGCUGACGAGUAAAUGGAGGAGGAGAAGGCUGAGCUGGGUGAUCUUUGCGCCCGACCCCCUUUGCUGUGAGAAUCCGGGGCUCAGAGGGCGCUGCCUCCCCGCAGGCCGCACAGGGAGGUCCUUGGGAGAGAGCCCGACAUCGGACAGUGUGGGGCCGUGGGUGGCUGGGGCAGCGGCAGCCUGGUGAGGCCCCUGGCUCAGCCAGAGUGGGAGGCAGGCGUGGGGGUCCCCAGGCUCUGACCCCCAAGUCAGCCCCUGCUGGGGAGUUUUGGUUUUGUUUGUGUUUUAAAGAUUCUUUUAUUUGGAAAGGCGAAUGACAGGUUUUCCACUGGCUGGGCCCAGCCUGGGGCUCCGCCCACCUGUGUCCUUGCUGUUCCUUUAGGCACCAAGUGUGCCCCUGCCCCAGGGCCUUUGCACCUGCUGUUCCCAUGGCCCCGUGGCCCUCGCUCUCUCUGCCCUCGGGUCUCAGCUCAAACGCCCCUUCUCGGCUGCCAUGGUCCCGACUGUUCCCCAUCGCCCUGGUCCGGGAUAGGUCCCCGGCCUUGUCCAUCUCCACCUCUGUGAGGGGCCGGGAGGGGGCGGGGCCCCACAUGCAGCGGGAAUCAGGGAGGGGCAGGGCAGGUGCUGUGCACCCAGGACCCUGUGCCGGAUUCUCUGGAUUUGGUCCCCGCUCCAGCCCCACUUCUGGCCCCACUCCUUGCUAAGGCCUCAGAAAGCAGUGGAUGAUGACCCAUGGCGCUGGGCUCUCCCAGGCCCCCACACGAAUUGCAGGCUGCUGCUGCCUGCAAGGUCAGCAGCCCCUGUGAGCACAGGUUCGAGUCCCGGCAGCUCCACUUCCGAUCCACCUCUGUGUUGUGGCCUGGGAAAGCAGUGGAAGAUGGACCAAGUCCUUGAGCGCCUGCACCUGCGCUGGAGACCUGGCGAGAGCUCCUGUAUCCUGGCUUCAGAUCGGCACAGCUCCAGCCAUUGUGGCCAUUUGGGUUGUGAACCAGUGGUUGGAAGACCUCUCUGUCUCUCUCUGUCUCUCUGUCUCUCUCUCUGUCCCCCCCCCAUGACUUUGCCGUUCAAAUAAAUUAAUUUAA